CAUGGAUCUAUUUCCUUAAGAGAAAAUCAGAUGCUCUUACAGCAUUUACCAACUUCUCUCAAUAUGUUCUUAAUCAAUUUUCUGUCUCAAUCAUAUCUCUCCAAUCUGAUUGGGGUGGUGAGUUUAGAUCCUUCACUAAAUUACUCACAGAUAAAGGAAUUGUUCACAAAGUUAUUUGACCACAUACACACCAUCAAAAUGGUGUAGUGGAAAGGAAACAUCGCACCAUUGUUGAAAAAGGUCUAUCCCUUUUAUCUCACUCUUCUUUACCUCUUAAAUUUUGAGAUGCAGCCUUUGCUACUUCUGUUUAUCUCAUCAACAGACUUCCUUCAAAAUCCAUUUCUAGAUCAAGUCCAUAUUUCAAACUGUAUAGUUCUAAUCCAGAUUACUCUUUUCUCAAAGUAUUUGGAUGUGCUUGCUUUCCUUUCACCAGACCAUAUCAUAAACAUAAACUUGAUUUCCAUUUUGAGGAGUGUGUUUUUCUAGGUUACUCACCUAGUCACAAAGGUUAUAAAUGUUUGUCCUCUUCUGGUAAAAUAUACAUCUCUAAGGAUGUUGUAUUUCAAGAGUCAAAGUUUCCUUAUCCUACUCUGUUCUUUUCUAAUCCUUCUCCUUCUACUUUACCUAUCAAUCCAAAUCCUAUUUCUGUAUUCAUUCUCUUCCAUCUACUUCAAACAACCUUUCUGACACUCAGUCAAUUUCUUCUCCAGAUUCAUCUUCCAAUGAUUCUAAUGACAAUCAAUCAUCAUCUUAUAAUGAUCACAGUUCAUCUGAUUCUCAUGAAUCAUCUGCUUCCUCAUCUCCCACUUUACAAAACAUUGAACCUCCUCCUGAUUCUGAUCACCAAUCUUCUCAUCCUAUUACUCUAGUUUCUCAAGUUCCUUUGACUAACACACAUCCUAUGAGGACAAGGGCUAAGUCAGGAAUAGUAAAACACAGACUUCAUCCUAUCUUACUGUUAACUCAUACUGAGCCUAAAUCAAUUAAAAAGGCCAUCUCUUCUCCUCAUUGGCUAGAAGCCAUGCAAUGUGAAUACAAUGCUUUGAUUGCUAACAGAACUUGGUCUCUUGUUCCUCUUCCUCCAGAUAAGCAGGCUAUUGGUUGCAAGUGGGUUUAUAGAGUCAAAGAAAACCCUGAUGAUUCUCUCAACGGAUACAAAGCUAGAUUAGUAGCUAAAGGUUUUCAUCAGAGGUAUGGUUUUGAUUUUGGGGAAACAUUUUCUCCUGUGGUGAAACCUGUGACUAUCAGAUAUCCUUUAACCCUUGCUAUUUCUCACAACUGGUCCAUACAACAACUUGAUGUAAAUAAUGCAUUCUUAAAUGGUGAAUUGGAUGAGGAGGUUUACAUGGUUCAGCCACUAGGGUUCCAAGUUGAGGACAAAUCUCUAGUCUGUAAACUUCAUAAGUCCUUAUAUGGCCUUAAACAGGCUCCUCGAGCUUGGUUUCACAAACUUACCUCAGUUCUCUACCAUGCUGGCUUCAAACAAAGCAAAUCUGAUCCCUCUUUACUUACUUUUCUAUCUUCUUGAGUUCAAAUCUACAUCCUUAUUUAUGUUGAUGAUAUCUUAGUCAUUGGAAACAAUCCUACUGCCAUCAAACAACUAAUUUCCAAACUUCACUCUUCUUUUUCACUCAAACAUCUGGGAGAUCUUGAUUUCUUUCUUGGCAUAAAGGCACGCAAACUUCCUGAUGGCAGUCUUCAUCUCUCUCAAGCUAAAUACAUCAGGGAUAUCUUACAUCAAGCUAGAAUGUUAGAUUCUAAAGGGGUCAAAACCCCUAUGGUGAGCACCUGCAAACUUCUGAAGCAAGGCAAUGAAUAUCUCUCUAAUCCUUCCCAUUAUAGAUCUAUUGUUGGAGUGUUACACUAUGCAACCUUGACCAGACCUAAUAUUUGCUAUGUUGUCAACAAAGUUUGCCAAUUUAUGGCUGAACCACUGCAGGAGCACUGGCAGGCAGUCAAACACAUUCUCAAAUACCUCUCUGGCACUGUUAAAUAUGGCAUUGUUAUCAGACCUAUUCCUUUAUCUACAAUACCUCUUCCUAUAUCAGCUUAUUGUGAUGCUGACUGGGCAUCUGAUCCAAAUGACAGAAAAUCAACAUCAGGUUCAUGCAUCCUUCUUGGAACAAAUGUUGUUUCAUGGUGGUCAAGGAAGCAGCUUCGUGUUGCAAGAUCCUCAACAGAAGCAGAGUACAGAAGUCUUGCAGACACUACAGUAGGACUCCUUUGGAUUCAGUUUCUCUUAAAAGAGCUCCAAGUUCCAUUUUCAAUUCCCAGAGUGUACUGUGACAACUUAAGUACAGUCCAGCUAGCUCACAACCCUGUGUUGCAUUCCAGGAUCAAACACAUGGAGAUUGACCUAUUCUUUGUCAGGGAGAAAGUCCUUCUAAAACAACUUACAGUCUAUCACAUUCCCUCUCUUCACCAGAUAGCAGAUGUUCUAACAAAACCACUUUCCAGCUCAAGAUUUAUUGACUUAAAGACAAAACUUAGUGUGAUUGAGUAUCCAAACAAAUCACCCUAGUUUUGAGGGGGGGAUGUUAGAUAUACAUCUUGUAGUAGACUAAAAGUUCUGUAUUAGAAUAAGUUUACAUCAUGCUGUUUAGUAGUGCCUCGGUUGGUUUGUUAUGUUAGUUGAACAACCAACUCUAUAAAUACUUGUAUUCUAAUACAGUUCAAUGUAAUCUGAGAUUAUCUGCUAGCUUUCAAUACUUGCCUCUCUCUCUUUCUAAUAUGAAUAUACUAGACUUGAUGAAGAACAUACCAUAAAAAUUUCAUCGAAAAAUUCCACCGAGAACCGCCCCGAAGGGCGAUGUUCGGACGGCGCCUCAGGUGCGAACAUUCGGACCUGAGAAUUCUCAUAUAUAUAUAUAUAUAUUUAUAUAUACACACAUAUACACACACACAUAUAUACAUAUAUAUAUUUAUAUAUAUAUAUACAUACACACACACAAACAUAUAUACAUAUACAUAUAUAUAUAUAUAUAUAUAGAGAGAGAGAGAGAGAGAGAGAGGAAUGUUCAGGUCUGAACAUUCCCUGUCCGAGCAUCGUCCGAACAACGCCGUUCGGGAUGGUUCCCGGUGGAAUUUUUUGAUGAAAUAUUUAUGGUAUGUUCUUCAUGAGGUCUAGUUUCUCCAUACCAAAUUUCAGCUCAAAAUUCGACCGAGA